UCACGCCACUCAUCAGCAGCCUUCACACACAGUUUCAAGAACCGCCUUUGUCACUCACAUCUCUCUACACUUGACCCCGUCAUCAUGGAUGAAGAAUACGACUGCAUUGUUCUUGGCACUGGUUUAACCGAGUGCAUUCUCUCUGGCCUACUCUCCGUUGAAGGCAAGAAAGUGCUUCACAUUGAUCGCAACGACUAUUAUGGUGCUGAAUGCGCUUCGCUUAACUUGGAUCAGCUUUGGAACAAGUUCAGACCCGGACAGACUCCUCCCGAAUCCAUUGGCCGCAAUCGUGAUUACAACGUUGAUUUGGUCCCCAAGUUCAUGAUGGCCAACGGUGAAAUCAUCCGCUUCUUGACCCACACCGAUGUCACUCGCUACCUCGAGUUCAAGCAGAUCGCUGGUUCAUAUGUCUUUGCCAGUGGCAAGAUUUACAAGGUCCCUUCCACUGAAGUUGAGGCCGUCACAUCAUCUCUUUUCGGUUUGUUUGAAAAGCGCCGUGCCAAGAAGUUCUUUGAGUUCAUUCAAAGCUACAGAGAGGACGACCCUUCCACCCACCAAGGUUUGAACUUGGAUAAGAACACAAUGAUUGAUGUCUACACCAAGUUCGGAUUGGCUCCUGCCAGUCAAGAGUUCCUUGGUCACGCCAUGGCUCUCCACUUGGAUGAUGGAUAUAUCAAUCAACCCGCUCGUGAAACCAUUGAGAAGAUUCGCCUCUACGCCGCUUCCAUGGCCCGUUACGGUAAGAGCCCUUACCUCUACCCUCUUUACGGUCUCGGUGAAAUGCCCCAAGGCUUUGCCCGCUAUCCUAUCAGUCUAAGUGCCAUCUAUGGAGGUACCUACAUGCUCGAUAAGAAGGUUGACGAGAUUGUCUACGACUCAGAGGGCAAGGUUUCUGGAGUUCGAUCUGGGGAUGAGGUCGCAAAGACCAAGCUUGUCAUUUGCGAUCCCUCAUAUGCCAGCAACAAGGUUCGCACUGUUGGAAGUGUUGUCCGUGCUAUCUGCAUUUUGGACCACCCCAUACCCAACACCAGCGAUGCCGAUUCAGUUCAGGUUGUCAUUCCUCAAGGACAGAUUGGUCGUAAGCACGAUGUCUAUGUUGCCUGCGUCAGCUCAGCUCACAAUGUUUGCGCCAAGGACAAGUACCUCGCCAUUGUUUCAACUAUUGUCGAAGGCAACGGUAACCCCGAACAAGAAUUGGAAGCUGGUUUCAAGCUUUUGGGUCCUAUUCGGGAGAAGUUUGUCUCUGUUUCUCCUUUGGAGGAGCCUCUUGCUGAUGGCAAGGAUGACCAAGUUUUCAUCUCUCGCUCAUACGAUGCCACUUCUCAUUUUGAAACUGUGUGCGACGAUGUCCAUGAUUUGUACAAGCGUAUCACUGGCCAACCUCUUGUCCUCAAGCAACGAUCCACUCAAGAGCAGGAACAAGCUGAAAUGGCUGCCUAAACACAUCUUCUCUAUUUACACGCUUUUUU